CCUUCCGGAUCCUCUCCCCAACCAGGCGCGGGCAGCCUGGAGCGAGCCCCGGGGUUCUCCUAGGGCCUCGCCUGAGGUCUCGGCCCGGCCCGCUGAGGCAUGUACAUAAAGAGGAUGUUUGAAUUACGGCCAAACCACUUAACAGCACCGCCGUUUGGAAAAAAGGAUAACAGCCCCCUGCUGGAUGAGACAUCCUCCAGGAGAUGCCUUUUUAGCAGGAGGUUAUAUUAAGAGAAAAAUUUAAAGAGURUUAAGGUUAUGAUAAAGUUUAGAAGAUAAUAUUGUGGAAGAGGGUGCUUGAAGAAAAGUGUCRGAACUGAAUUUAUAAAGAAUGGAAGGAUACGACACGUUGAAAGUACUAGGAGAGGGAUCCUUUGGCAGAGCUCUCCUGGUUCAUCAUAGAAUCAGUGACAAGAAGUAUGUAAUGAAGGAAAUAAGGCUUCCAAUGUCUUCAUCUGGUGUAGAGAAUUCUAGGAAGGAAGCUGUUCUUUUGGCUAAAAUGAAACAUCCAAACAUCGUUGCCUUUAAAGAGUCAUUUGAAGCUGAUGGACAUCUGUAUAUAGUGAUGGAAUAUUGUGACGAUGGAGAUCUAAUGCAAAAAAUUAAACACCAAGGACGAAAUUUGUUCCCUGAAGACACGAUCCUUCACUGGUUUGUGCAGAUGUGCCUGGCUGUGAAACACAUUCAUGAUAAACGUGUGCUGCACAGGGAUAUAAAAUCCAAGAACGUCUUCCUCACUCAAAAUGGAAAAGUCAAAUUGGGAGAUUUUGGAUCUGCACGCCUUCUUGCUCAUCCGAUGUCAUACGCGUGCACCUAUGUGGGAACUCCCUAUUACGUACCUCCAGAAAUAUGGGAAAGCAUGCCGUACAACAACAAAAGUGAUAUAUGGUCUCUGGGGUGUAUUCUGUAUGAGCUGUGCACUCUAAAACACCCGUUCCAAGCCAAUAGCUGGAAACAUCUCAUCUUUAAGAUAUGCAAAGGGUCCUAUGAUCCACUUCCAUCUCACUAUUCCUAUGAACUUCAUUACUUAAUAAAACAGAUGUUUAAGAGAAAUCCCCAGAAUCGUCCAUCAGCCAGUACUAUUCUUGCAAGAGGUUGCUUAACCAAACUUGUAAAAAAUUGUUUGCCUUCUGAGAUGGCAAAGGAGUUUGAGCGGGUAUUAAAUGAAACCAAGAAACAUGAAGGCAAUGCAGCAAGACCAAAGGGUCAUGUCAUGACUGGUGGAAGCUCAAAUACUAAGAGUGAAAAUAGGCGAAGGAAAGAUGAAAGUAGCAAGCAUAGCCCCUUAGAAAGGAAAAAUACUGAGGGUUUGAGUGAAGGCACAAGGGAACAAAGGAGAUCUUAUCAAGAAGGAAGUACUGAUGURUCACACGCCCACAGGAAGCAAUGGGAAAAGAGGAUGUGCAGUAGUGUGCUGGAUGCCCUGGAAAAUGCACCUCUGCUUUCUUCCAGUUUUACAUCUGAGGAGACUGAAAAUGGUGGUGUUAUAAACUGCAGUGCAAAUAAGCCACGGAAGCAGUGGAGCAAGGAACCCCCUGAGACCCUGAUGAACAUGCUCAGCAAUGCAGAUAUCAGCUUAGCAUUUAAAACAUACACAAUUUAUAAAGCAGCUUCCGAAAACAUAUUAAGAGGUCCACUUUCUGAGGAAACUGAAGCAUCUGAUGAAGUAGAUGGUGAACAUGAAGCUGUUGUUAUAGAUUCUGAGAGACUUGAACCUAGAUCUGAUGAAGAUGACACGGACUUUGAGGAAGGCGACCUGGACUGGGUAUCAGAACUGAAAAUGGUAUUGAACCAGAGUGACUGAAAACUUGAUGAGUGAAAACUUACCGACAAUGAGUGAAGUUAGGUGUGCUUGUGUCCAAAUUUUUUUUUAUAAUUGGUUAUGAAUUAAAUAAUUUCUGUCA